AUGCUAACCAAUCAGGCAUAUUAUAAGCAAUUCUCCAUUUUGCCUUUAGAUCAACCAAUUCAGCUGCCUAAGGCUGCAACAUCAAUGAAGAAGCCUAUGACAGAUGGAACAGAGGCUCUGGGUACAAUGACGUUGCCGUCAGAUCCAGCCGCCACAUCUGUACCCCAGUCUACGGCAUCACUUUCUGUCCCUUCAACUGGUACCACCUCGGCAACCACAACGGCAGUUACACAGGUCGGCGUUCCCUCUCUUUCUCUUCCCUCCAAGACCCAAACAGAAGCUCUACAGUCGGUUUCUGAAAUCCCUAAAUCGAUAAUCAUUUCCGCCACUGCUGGUACCCCUUUGGACCCCCUCGUCACCCCCACUUUCGAUUUCUCUCGUGUUAAACCCAAUCAACUGCAACAGCAAACCCAAGCAGCGGGAACCGCCACAACACCCUUUAGUUUCCAGCUCAUUCAAACGCCUCCUGGUGCUAGUCCAACAAUGCUCUCUCAGGUAGUGACUGAGGCUCAUAACACACUCCAGUCGCCCGCUGCAACUGGUCAGCCGAGUUCUCACAUCUUUGACUACCCCCAGUUUAUUGGCGACUUCCAGAACACCACGACACCACUCUUCUCCCCGGCAAUUAUUCUUAACACACAAGCUCUUCUCUCCCCCUCAGCAAUCGAUUCCGAUGGACAGAGGGCUGGAACUGGUGGGGGGUCAGCGAUGACCUUUCCAUCAUUCCUGAAUGCCCCAGGAUCAACGCCAAUAUUCUCCUUUCUCUGUUCAAGUCCUGGUGCGAAAGGCGGGCAGAGUUUAAUUUAUACGCCUUUCGCAACAGGGCAAGAGACAACAACCACGGCGGGCACACCCAUUCUGUUCCCAGCGACUGCCUUCUUUUCCUCCUCGCAUUCAGCAGACAGUCUUCUCGCCUCGUCUGCCGACCAACAACCCAUGGAGCACUCCUCCGGGCUCCCUCCUGCCAGUCAGGUUUUGAACCUCACAAAACCAAGUGUCCCCGACCCAGCUCCUCCCGUUGAGAAUGCUGCUGCGCCUGUGCUCUUGGACCCGCCGAAGGCACCACAGGAAAAGACAGUGGCGAGAAACCCGCCUGGUCGGCGGACUUCGAGGUGGGCCAAACCGUCCGCUAGUGGUGGAAAAAAUAACAAGCCUGCUUCGAAGGAGGGCGCCGAAAAGCCUCACAAGUGUUCCGACUGUCCGAAGUCGUUUUCGAGGUCAGACGAGCUAACUCGACAUAGGAGGAUUCACACAGGGGCCAAGCCCUUUCAGUGCACCACUUGCCACCGAUAUUUUUCACGAUCCGACCACCUGACAACACAUAGACGCACCCACACCGGGGAGAAGCCCUUCUCCUGUGAGCACUGUGACCACAAAUUCGCAAGGUCUGAUGAAAUGAAACGGCACGCAAAGACCCACGAAAAGCAGGCAAAUCAGGCAUUGUCUGGUAAAAUUCCCUCCCACAGCACCGUCGCUUCGCGUAAAAAGCCAAGGCCUUUGCCGCACAGUCUUGGAAAUGGCCGACAGCCGUCAAUAGUUGCGCCCACACAAACCCAGCAAUUUAUCUUCCUUAACGGGGAUGAUUUUAGCGCCGCUUCUCAGGGCUUUCAGCUUGAUCUUGGGGGAAGGGGCGAUAAAGCUAGUGAUUUUGGAGCUCUUCAACCCAUCAAUUGUUCGGCUCCUCCGUCUUCAAGAUCAGGUUCGAACAGCCAGCCACCAUCAGUGGAAUACCUAGCACAGAUCCAAGCAAAUUCUCUGUCUCAGCAGCCUCCACCCAUGUAG